AUCCACACGUGCAUUACAAACCUAACCUACCUCUCACUACUUCUAUAAAUACCACCACUCCACCACACCUACCAAGUAGCAAAAUCACACACACAACCACAAACCACCACUAGUUUCAAAUCAAACAUGACAACCAUCGUACAACAACCACCACCAACACCAACACCAACACCACCACAAAUAACGUUAACCGUCCCAUCAACAUCCAUCCACUCCAACGACCAUACAGGCACUUUAAUCAUAAUCAAAACCCUAAUUAUCCCCAUAAUAACACGUUGCCAUGCAGGCUACUUCCGUAUCACCCUCUCCCUCUGCUGCCAAACCCUCUUAUGGAAAACCCUCAAAGACCCGCCUGAAAACGCGCACGCCUAUCGUCGAAUCCUCGGCCUCUUCCCGUCCACCGCCUUCCUCCUCUUAUGGUCCCUCUCUCUCCUCAUCUUAACCACCCUCUCUAUCCUAUACAUCUUAAGAUGCGCAUUAUUUUCCAACAUGGUAAAAACCGAAUACCUAAACCAUAUAGGGGUAAAUUACCUUUUUGCCCCGUGGAUAUCAUGGCUUUUGCUACUCCAAACGGCACCGUUUUUGACACCAAAAACUGUUUAUUAUCUUCUACUUUGGUGGCUUUUUGUGGUUCCUAUAUUUGUUCUUGAUGUGAAAAUAUAUGGUCAGUGGUUUACUAAGGGUAAGAGGAUAUUAUCCAGGGUGGCUAAUCCGGCGAGCCAGCUGUCGGUGGUGGGAAACUUCGUCGGAGCUAGGGCGGCGGCGCAGAUGGGGUGGAAAGAGAGUGCUAUGGUGUUGUUUACGUUAGGGAUGGUGCAUUAUAUGGUGGUUUUUGUGACGCUUUAUCAAAGACUGUCGGGAAAUACUUGUUUACCGACGGUGCUCCGACCGGUUAUGUUUUUGUUUAUUGCUGCUCCGAGUAUGGCUAGUUUGGCUUGGGAUGAGAUUUCUGGGACCUUUGACUUUUCGUCAAAGAUGCUUUUUUAUCUCUCUAUGUUUCUGUUCUUGUGCCUGGUCGUCGCAUUUCUUAAAUUGGAGAGCCCCGUUGUUCCAUUCCGGUCAGACUAUGUUGUCUUAACCGGGCCUACACUGGUUUCAGAGUUUGGUUUAGGUGUUUUCUCGAGAAACCAUAUCGUCGAGUGACAAAGUUUUUUAAGCGUGUUAAAAGUUUGCUUGUUAAUUAAUCUGAUAAUAUUUUUUUGAUAGCUUAUAAAUUUAAAUAGCAUUAUGAAAACUAUAUAAUAAAAGUGAUCAUCAGCGAUUUUUGUGAAAACGUAUUUAAGAGUUUUAUUUAUUUGUAUUGUCUUUUUUUCUUAAAACCGUAUUAUAUUUUUCGGGAUUGUGUUAUAUUUUACGAUUUAGUAUAUCUUUGUGCCAUUCUUUACCCUCUAAAACGAUACAGAAGGUUUUGAAUUUGUUUAAUGUAUUCUUUUUGUUUUUUCUUUAAAUAUUAUUAUUAAUUAUUAAUAUGCCACCUAAAAUUUGUCUGUUUUCAUUAAAGUUUAGGUUAUUAUAAGUUAAGAUCUUUAUUACCGGUCACAUUGUCACAUAUAAAAAGAUUAGCGUUGUUAUUUAAAAAGUUAUGUGUCAUCAUCACCGGUUAAAAAGUUAGGAAUCUUAAUACAAAUAAACAUGUUUAUUUGGUCGGCAAAAGAAAAAAAAAGAGAUAUAAAAUGAUUGUACUGAAAACCUCAAAACUGAUAAUAUAACUGAAAAUAUGAUGUUUACAUUGUAAUUAUAUAGAAAACGUUUUUUUUUUGUAUAGACAAUAAAUUUAAAAUUUAUACAUCAUAAAGUCAUCAUAUAUUCUUAUCCAUGGAAUGAAGGUGUAAAAACUUGAGUAUAUAUAAAAAAAAAAAAAAAAAAAACCUUUGGAUUUGACUAAAAUUAGCAAUCACAAAUGAUUUUCGUAAGUCAACUAAAAUUUUAUUUCGUAGUAAUAAUUAACGUAUUUUAUGUUUGUAUAAACAUGUUUAUUAUAUUUGCGCUAAAGGUAAAGAUAAUUUGCUUUUAGUGAAAGAAAUCCAAGGGAAAUUUGGUUCGUGAUAAUUCUGUAACUGUAAAGCCUGAAUUAUAUUUCUUACUCAUUUUGUUUAUAGAAUCCUUUACAGCAAUGUUUUAAAAUCCGGUUUUAUAUCGUACUGAAUUUGACUUAGAAACGGUUUAACCGGGUGUAUCAGACGGUUCAAUAGGAUGUACCGGAUGGUUUAACCGGUUUUACCAGACGGCUCAACCGGUACAACCGACCGGUUUGAACCGGUUUUUAAAACAUUGCUUUACAAAAUGUUAGUUACAGAAUGAAUAAUAGUGGAAUUGGACCUUAAAGAAAGAAUGUUGUUUAGAAAAACAGAGAAUAUUAACCAUAACAUUUGACCAUUUGAUCAGGGUUCUGAUUAGCAAAAAUGUCAAAUUGUAUAUUUAAUACCAUGAUGUUGUAAUGCCUUGUUUUUAACUUUUAUUUCUAUACAACAUUCAAUUUAAUUAUUUAGACAGAUUGACACAUAAGUAAAAAUAGCAUUAGUUAGUAACUCAUCAGUGAUGAUUACUAUGCUUUUAGUCUUUUUAUUUUGAUUAA